AUGGCAGUUGAUGUGUGCACAGAAAUUACGAGCCCAAGAAUCUCGUUCUCCUACGACCUCAAGGAUAUGGACUUCGUCCCGGUGGAAAAUCACGGCCGUCGACCGGACUCCUUUCUACUAAAUCCCGCCGUCGAUUUCGACCUCUGCCGCGGUCUGCUCCCCCACGAAAUCUCCUCCGCCGACGAGCUCUUCGCGAAUGGCAAGAUCCUCCCUGUCCAGAUAAAAAGGCCCAACAUCACCCCGCCAGGCCCAAUACCGGCCCAAACAAAGCCCAAUCCCAACACCGCUCCCGAAAACGGUCAAAACGACGCCGCAUCGAAUAACGAGAACACGGAGAAAAAGCGACUCGUCGAGUUCCUAUCCAACGGCGACGAGGACGGCGAGAUCGAGAAGCCGCCGCCGUCGGCGGCGGCGGCGGAAAGGCCGUUCUGGCAGUUCCGGCGGAGCAGCAGCGCGGACUCCGAGAGCGGGCGGGUCGGCGGGCUGCUCCGGAUCCGGUCCCUGCACUUCCUGACCCGGAGCAAUUCGACCGGGUCGGUGCCCAACCCGAAUCCACCCGGGCUCUCCAGGGCGAUCGGGAAGCAGCAGUCGCAGAAAGAGGGAUCGGAAGAUCGCCGAUCGAGUUCGCCGGCGGCGACGGCGUCGCCUAAUCUGUGUCAUUAUUAUUACCCUUAUAACUAUGAUAACAAUAAAUGUAAUAUUAAUGGUGAUGGCAAUACGACGCAGUAUAGAAGGGGGUCGUUGAGAAAGAGUGGGAGCAGAUCGGGUGUGGAUAGUAAAAAUGCGGUUCGGUUCAACCCGGUUCUGAAUAUAGCACCGGCUUACAUUGGCAAAGACUACAGUGACAGGUUGGACUAAGGGGUUGACUGGUGUCGUUUUCGUUUUGAUUUUUUUGCCUUUUUUUUAAUAUUAAUUAAGCAGAGAAAUUAUAAUAAAUAUUUUGAUUUUCUUAGCAAGCAUGAUUAAUAGUAAUAGUAUGUAUGACUUAGAAUCAUAUUGUGAGAGGACUAACCAUUUGAUGAGUCGACUCAUCAUGCAAUUGUAACAAAAAUUUAUAAUUAUGUUAUGAAAUGUAAUACGUAUGUUUUUGUUAUUUUUUAAUAUGACAUUCAGUUUGAAAAUAUACAUAUACAUUGAAA